GCCGCGAUUCCCGGUAGGAAGCGGUGCAGCUGGCGCGGCAGAAGGAGCGGGAGCUGGCGGCGCGGCAGGACGAGUGCAACGACACGGUGCAGGCGCUGUGGGAGCAGUGCAAGCCCUGCCUCAAGCGCUCCUGCGUCCGCUUCUACUCCCGGACCUGCCACAGCGGCUCCGGCCUCGUGGGGCGCCAGCUGGAGGAAUUCCUGAACCACUCGUCCCCCUUCUCCAUCUGGGUGAACGGGGAGCGCCUGGACUCGCUGCUGGAGCGGGACGAGCGGCAGGAGCAGGAGCUGGAGGAGCUGGAGGAGCGCUUCGGGCUCCUGGAGGACGGGAUCGACGGGAUUUUCCAGGACGGCUCCCGCCCCUUCGGCCGCGCGCUCCCCUUCUUCCAGGCGCCCUUCGGGGGCUUCCGGGAAUCCUUCCGGGAACCUUUCCGGGAAUCCUUCCGCCCCCCCCCCGUGCAGCGCGUGCGGCUCCCGCCGGCCCGCCGCUUUUCCCGGGAUCUCUAUCCCUUUUUCCGGCAUCCCCUGCACCCCCAGCACGGCUUCCAGCACCUCUUCCAGCCGCUCCUGGAGCUGACCCGCGGGAUGCUGGAGGAGGCCCAGGGGAGCUGGGAGCAUCCCUGGGCUGGGAUCGGCCCAGGUGAGCCGGGGCUCGAGGGUGGGCAGGCGAGGGAGAUCCCACAGCGGGACACUGGGAAGGGGGGCGGGUUUCUCCCCGAUCCCGCCGCCGACAUUCCCGCCCGCCCUUCCCAGCUGGAGGAAUUCCUGAACCACUCGUCCCCCUUCUCCAUCUGGGUGAACGGGGAGCGCCUGGACUCGCUGCUGGAGCGGGACGAGCGGCAGGAGCAGGAGCUGGAGGAGCUGGAGGAGCGCUUCGGGCUCCUGGAGGACGGGAUCGACGGGAUCUUCCAGGACGGCUCCCGCCCCUUCGGCCGCGCGCUCCCCUUCUUCCAGGCGCCCUUCGGGGGCUUCCGGGAAUCCUUCCGGGAACCUUUCCGGGAAUCCUUCCGCCCCCCCCCCGUGCAGCGCGUGCGGCUCCCGCCGGCCCGCCGCUUUUCCCGGGAUCUCUAUCCCUUUUUCCGGCAUCCCCUGCACCCCCAGCACGGCUUCCAGCACCUCUUCCAGCCGCUCCUGGAGCUGACCCGCGGGAUGCUGGAGGAGGCCCAGGGGAGCUGGGAGCAUCCCUGGGCUGGGAUCGGCCCAGAGUUCCCAUCCCAGAGCUCCCAUCCCAGAGUUCCUAUUCCGGAUCUCCCAUCCUGGAUCUCCCAUCCUGGAACUCCCAUCCUGGAUCUCCCAUCCUGGAUCUCCCAUCCUGGAUCUCCCAUCCCAGAGCUCCCAUCCCAGAUCUCCCAUCCCACAACUCCCAUCCCGGAGCUCCCAUCCCAUCCCUCUCCCUCUCCCCAGGUGCUGUCCAAGGCCCCGAAUCCCUCGGAUCCGUCGGCCCCUCCGGACACUCAGGUGACCGUCCAGCUCUUCGACUCGGAGCCGCUGGCGCUGACGGUGCCGGGGCACAUCCCGUGGGACGAUCCCAAAUUCAUGGAGAUCGUGGCCGAGCAGGCGCUCCGGCACUACAAGGAGAACUCCAUAGAGUAGCCGGGCCAUCCCGCGGCUCCGCAGCCCUUCCGGCCCCAUUCCAAGCGGGAAUUGUCGCCGUUGCUGUGCCCCCCCCUCCCCUCUUCUCCCUCCUGCUGCCGGGACCCCCCAGCCCGGGGGUCCCAAACUGACAAUAAAGGUAGAGUUGGAUCCUUG